UCAUAAGAAUUAGAAGCAGCGGCACUGUUCGGUGUAGUUGAAUCUGUCUCCUCCUGCGGCUGCUCCCCGCACCUCCCCGCAGUCUAACGCGGCCUCACUGACUCCUCCAGCCGCUUCCCGGGGACCGAUGGCCCGCAGAGCCUUCCUCGCUGUGCUGCUGUCCGCGCUGGUGUCCGCUGUGACCGCCGGAGUGUUUUACAGCCAGAAGCAGCCCUGCUACGUCCGCGCUCCAAGGAAUCAACACUUCGGACUCAAGACCUAUCCUCGACCUCAUGAGUAUUUAAACAUAUCCGAUCUGCCCAAGUCGUUGGACUGGAGGAAUAUCGGUGGCGUAAACUAUGUCAGCACCACCCGCAACCAGCACAUUCCCCAGUACUGUGGCUCCUGCUGGGCUCAUGGCAGCACCAGUGCCAUGGCAGAUCGCAUCAACAUUAAGCGGAAAGCAGCGUGGCCGUCGGCCUACCUCUCUGUCCAGAAUGUGAUCGACUGCGCUGGGGCCGGCAGUUGCCACGGAGGCGAUCACAACGGAGUCUGGCGGUACGCGAGCGAACACGGGAUCCCAGACGAGACCUGCAACAAUUACCAGGCUAAAGACCAGAAAUGUAAGCCCUUCAAUCAAUGUGGCACGUGCACCACAUUCAACGUGUGCAACAUAGUGAAGAACUACACUCUGUGGAAAGUGGGAGAUUAUGGAGAAGUCAGCGGGAGAGAGAAGAUGAUGGCAGAGAUCUCCACUGGAGGACCAAUCAGCUGUGGGAUUAUGGCGACAGAGAAGCUGGACGCAUACAGCGGAGGUAUCUACUCUGAAUACCAGGAGUCUCCUGGCAUCAACCACAUCGUGUCGGUGGCCGGAUGGGGAGUGGAGGACGGCGUUGAAUUUUGGGUUGUGCGCAACUCCUGGGGAGAGCCGUGGGGGGAGAAGGGCUGGCUCAGGAUCGUGACCAGUGCCUACAAGGGAGGAAGUGGCAGCUCCUACAACCUGGCGUUGGAGGAAGACUGCAUGUAUGGGGACCCAAUUGUCGCGAAAGGCGCCCUCUAAAGGAGACCUGUGGCCACGGUGUCUCCGGAAGUCUCACUGCACAUGCUCAUGUCUUCCUGUCUCAGGCAGAGGGGGGGAUUUUUUAUGUAGUAGCUUGAAAAGGGAAAUUCUAAUUUUUUUAUUUUUUUUAAGAUAUCUUGGGUCAGAUCUUUCAGCUGAAUAUUUAGACCUUCCUGAUUCAACGUAGGUUAGUUUUUUCUGAAACAUUCAGCCACUGAAGCUUUCUUUAACAGCUGUUUUGGAUGAUGAAUACAUUUUACAGUUUAAGUAAUUUAAAAUGAUGUACACAAAGCACGUUUUUCAAUGCAAUGCAAAGUGACUCAGCCAAAGAACAUGGCUGUUUCUUCCUGUACAGCUCCGACACUGAAUGGCUUCAGUGCCUGAUGUGAAUGUGUUGACUUGACAGAGGAUUUGUGCACAAAUCAUUUGAACACGUGCCUUACAUGCAGUCAGUGUAGAGAUAAAAUUGAUGUAAUUUUCUUUUCGCUUUCCUGCUGAACAAUCUACACAUCACAUGUUGAAAACAGCUCAUAUCUGUUAUCUCAAACUAUGCCAAUAAACACAAGUGACACUC